AUGCCGCUUCUUUAUGGAGAGGGUAACAGAGCGUUUAUCAGACUUCAGGAAGAGAUCAUCAAGGAAACCAACGACUUAUCCAUCUUUGCUUGGUCUGCUCCCACGGAAUCUCCGUUGGGCUAUUUUGGCAUUUUGGCUAUGUCUCCUUCCGCUUUUGAGACAGCAAAUGACAUUGUACUCAGCAGCGAGAUCAAGUAUAACCCCGAGUACGCCAUCACGAACAAAGGCUUGAAAAUCACAACCGAAACCAGUCUUAUGCCCGACGGCGCGCAUUUCCUAAGUCUCCGUUGCCACAGAUCCAGCGAUCCAGGAAGUCGUCACCUCGGGAUUCUUCUCAGAGAUCAAGGCGGAAACGUCUUCCUCCGCUGGAAAACCGGCCGGCUCUGGAGUUUAGAGCACAGCGCGCCGGGCAUCGAGCACACGAUGUUCAUCAGCAAGUUCCUAGAGCCAGACGUGGCGGAGACGCUCGUCGGAGAUAUGGACUCCAUCUACCGCAACGCUUUCUGCUUCCCGCCCACGCCGCCAAAGGUGGAGUUUGUCAAAGCCCGACCCGACGGCAUGUGGAGCUCGUCCCGGCGCAUGUUUAUCACGCAGGGGCUGGACACGUUUGACGGAUUCGUUCAGUACCGGACGUCGGGUGCGGCUGACCAAAACUUCAUCGUUGCGUGUGGUUUUACCGGCGGUGGUGCCAAUCCGUGGCGAGCGUGGAGUGAUGAAGACUAG